UAUCUUCUGGUCUGAUCUCUGUGUUUCAGCGGCUGGUUGGGCACCAUCUCCUUCUUUGGCACGAGUAUCUUUGCCUCCAUCAUCAUGUUAAUCCCCACCCUCAUGUUCACCGCAGUCGCUGCCAUCUCAUUUAUCGUGCUCACGAAGGUUCAUAACUUCUACCGUGGCAGUGGCGGCAGCAUGAGUAAAGCGCAGGAGGAGUGGGUGUCUGGCGCCUGGAAGAACCCUCAGGUCCAGCAGGCGGCUCUGGGUGCAGCGGCCGGAGCUGUGCAGGGCCCGCAGUCACCGCAGUACUCCACACAAAACUACGACAACACCAUGUGAAACACAGCCAGAGCAUCAGUCAUCAACACACA